UGGGGGUUGGGGGUGGUUUCCUAAACCGAAAGUAGGUCAAAUGCGGCGCCUGCGCCCCGCUUGGGUGGGGAUGGAAAUAAAAAACAUUAAUGGCAACCCUCUUGUAGCUCCAAGGGGUUGAAAUUGCACUUUUCGGGAUUAUUUACUUCGUCAGUCACUGUAAUUUCGAAAUGGAACCACCAGGGAUGGAGACUAUAGACUUCCCCAAAAACCCCCUCUUGUGCCCCAUUUGCCACGACUAUUUCACAGAGCCGUGCAUUCUGAGCUGUUACCACACGUUCUGUGCGCGCUGUUUGCGGGGGCGCGAGCAGGACCGGCGCCUCGUGUGCCCCUUUUGCAGGCAACCGACGCUGCUCAAGGACGGCUCCAUGCUGCCGCCCCCCGACAGCCUCAUGCGGCAGCUCAUUGAUAUUGCGAAUAGUGAGAACCCCCCGUGUUCAAAUUGCGAUAAAAGGGACAGGGCCAACAUGUACUACUGCAAUACGUGCGGGCAAGCGCUGUGUUCCCACUGCCGUGACAAUACACACCGUGCGAAAAUGUUCUCAAGUCAUGAUAUCGUGCAUAUGACGAAGUGCACCAAAGAGCCGAAACGGUGUCCGCAACAUGGAGAACAGUACAUUAUGUAUUCGCCGCUUCAGAACAAUAUGCUGUGUGUUAAUUGUUUCCGGGAUUUACCGAAUGAAAUAAGAGCACAGUGUGUUGAUAUUGACACUGCCCAUAGUCAAGCUGCGAAGCGAUUGGAGCGCGGGCAAAAUGCCAUCAUGGAUUUGCAGACCUCAGUCCGCGACGGCAUAAUCGCCCUCAAAAGCAUGAUGGACGAAUUACGCCGUAACAUGGACAGCGAAAAGCACACAAUUAACACAUUCUGCCAAGGAAUGCAAGAAGCAAUGGCCAAAACGCACGCCGCCAUGAUAAUGGAAGUGCAACGACAAUACGAAAGCAAAGACCGAAUCUACCGCAGCCAACUUCUAGUCUUAGGCACCGUGAUGCCCGUUUUACAACUCCACCUCGUUCUGUGCACAACUUUCACUGCCGCCGCCAACAAGUACCAGUUCCUCGAGCUGUGCCCUUCGCUCCUCGAGCGCCUCUCGGCCGUCGGCCAGCUAAGCCAGCCGGUGCGUUCGCUGCAAAGCUCCACCAUCAAGACCAACUACCGCAGCGAGUUCGCCCAAUGCCUGGAGCCCUGGAUCGGCCCCGCGGCCGUCACCCAGCACCAGUCCGAAGUGGCCGCAGCCUCGCGCAUGUACGACAGCGCGCCCCCUGCCACCAAAAAGCAGCAAACGGCGCUCAAGAACAAGGUGCUGGAGGGCGACAGCUCGUUUUCGGCGCAUUGUCGCUCGUUCGAGUCGCAAAUCCGCGACCUGAACCAGCAGUUCAACGUGGUUAAGGAGAAGGUGAGCGAUUUGCAUCGGGACAUAACGGCGCUGAGGAAGGCGCAGGCGCCGCCGCUGGCCGCGCGGUACGAUAUGCUCAUGAGGGAGUGUCUGCAUCUGGAGCAGAAUCUGGAGCGGCAGCAGCAGGAGCUGGACAGGAUGGCGGAGAAUUUCGACGCUAGUUGGGAGGAGCAGCUGUGGAGGUUGAGGGUGGAGCAGGAGGUGUUCAGUUGUCAGAGGGCCGAUGUUAUGACGUUGAGGAACGAGUUGAAACAUAUAAGUCAACUGGUGGGGCAACUUGAGCCCUAUAUUAGGAGUCUUACGCCAGCACAGCAGAGUGAGAGUGCGGCUGAACAUAGUCAACAGAUGCAAACGCUUCUUGACCAUUUUAAUGUUUUACAACAAUCCGACGCUAGUUUGGGCAAAAUCCCGCGCUCGCGGUCGCGCGUUUUAGGCCAACUCUUCGAAAAAGUCCGUCCAAAUAUCCAGGAACGCGAACGGAGCAAAUCCGCCGGCCAGACGGACAAGCCCUUAAGCACCCCACUCAAGCCGAAGAAGCCCUUCAUCCCCUCCACCCACCAGAUGAACAUCGAGCGUCUGGAGGCGCACCUGAAGGAGAAAAUCCACGAAAUGGUGUGCCGCCGCCAGUCGUCCUCCACCCCCCAGUCCAAGUCCGACCCCGAGACCGAGCGCAAGCUCAGCAAAACCGACCUGGACUCCAUCAGCAAGCUCGGCACCAAGCAGCGCAUCAUGUACAAGAAAAUCGGCAAAAGCUGCGACAAAAUCAACACCUGCAGCAAGUCGGACGGCGACGUCAAGAAGCGCGCGGAGUCGGACUACCAGCGCAUCUCCGAGGCCACCAGCCAGAGCGUCAAGGCGCUGGUGCACAAGGAGACGCGCUCCAGCCCCAGCAGCCCCAAGUGCAAGGGCAAGCCGAAGCCGCCGCCCAAGCAGCGGAAAACCCCCAAGGUUUAUCCGUACAGUGAUGGCGAGGACAACGUUUUCUACUCCCUGCACGACUCCGCCGACUCCAUGAGCACGUCCAGCCGGAGGUCGAGCUUCGAAGGGCCGGACAAGACCCUGGUGGUGGUGAUCAACAAGCGGAGCAAUAACAUGACGAUGGCCCAGAAGCAGCGCAGUUGGGAGACGUUUCCGCCGAAGCGGCGCCACCACAUGUGCCACAAGCUCUCGGCGCCCAACCCCAUGCCCUUGCGGAAGGCGGACAGUUUCGAGGGGCACGAGGAGGCGGUUAAGAGUUUGGUGGCGGCGGUGCAAGAGACUAGACGGAAGCCGAAAGGGGGGAAUUAACCCGAGUUUGUUUACGAGGGGUUUUUGUUGUAUUAUGUUGGAAAGUGAUCGUUGGCCUAAUUUAUUAUUAAUGUUGCUACUGUUCGACUAGCUUAGAAUUGUGUAUCAAGUGACUAGAUUAGGAAUUUCGAGUUUGUGACGAAUUUGGAAAUAUAUUGGGCGAAAUAAACGUUGAAUUAUU